AUGGGGCUCGGUAACGGUGGUAAGGUAGCAAAGGCCUCGGGCGGAAAGAAGUCUACACUGAAGAAGGAGAAUGUAGAACGACAGCUUGAACAAGAGUCAAACAGCGGCACAGAGUCUGGCACUGCGAACAAGUCAGUCAAGAACAAACUGACUGGCAUUGUGAUUGAUGGGAAGAAUUGGGCUUGCGCACCGUGCAAGCUUGGUCAUCGAGUUGGGUCGUGCAACCAUGCCAUCUCGCGUCCUAUGAUGCCUACUCAUGCUCCUGGCCGACCUGCAGCCGGUGCUCCGAAGAAGAUUUUGUGUGACUGUCCCAGGGACUGUUCUUGCACCAAAAGAGACUGCAAAUGCGCUCGAGAAUGCUCAUGCGUAGUUCGAAUGUGGUUUCUGGUCAAGCUCCAGGCCAUGUCUGAAGAGCGAUGGGUGGUUGAUCGUCCUGUCGACACCGAUCUCAAAGGAGUAAUGUUAUCGCCAGAGGAGGCAGCAGAAAGAAGAGCUAAGAAGGAAGCUCAGCACGCUGAGGUCUCAAGUCCCGCCAGCAAUCAUUCAAGGAGAUCUUCUACCACAAUCGAACCAACCUCUCCUUCACAGGCCAAGCCAAGUGCUACUGGCGGAUGUUGCACACAUAAGCAGGUUGUCGCCAAGGAAAUCCGAGCAGGUCUGAUGUCGCACCAGCAUGCUACAAACGGCGCAAAUGUCAGCAGCGUCCGUCACGCUCAACUAGCUUCGACUCAUGGCUGUAACUGUGGCGCCGCAUGCGCCUGUGCAUUCUGUCCUCAACAUCCCAACAAUCAAGUGUCGCGGAACUAUGUACAGCAGCAAGCCGCCUUCAUCUCUCAACAGGGACCUAUUGACACAAACUUCACCCAUUUCCAACCAAGCGUGCCUCAGGAGAUGUCGUGCAUGGGAGGCCAACCACAGUUCGCCGUCACUCGAUUGCCUAUGCAGCCAGACUUUAGCAACUUCCAGGCAGCCUUUCCAUCCACCAAUACAGGCAACUACUUCUUGGCGUACCCUAUGCGACACACCGACACACCUGUACCCCAAUCACUCUCUCAAAUUCCGAUGCCUGCCUUUCCGCCUACAAUGUAUGCUGGAGCGGCAAACGGCUUGAAUGGAGCGGCACAGAGUGUGAACGAUGCAGCCCUCAAUGACAACUUUGAUUACGGUCCUUUCGGGUCAAAUUACCUCGAACCCGGCAACGCAAUGGUAGUUAACGACGGUCCCAAUGGUUGGCAAGACCUCACCUUUCAGCCGGAUGGUCACAUGGGUCUACCAACUCUGCCAGCCAACUCAGGUUUUGACGUACUGUCUCCUCAUUCUGAAGACCUUUCACUAUCAUCCAACAUGGGAUAUAGUGGACACGGCGCUCUGCCUAUGUCUAGCAGCGUCGCGAGUCCUACCAUGGGCGCGAUACCUGAUCUUGACGGCUUCUCUAUGCCUGCACCGCUCAUGUCACCAUUGCACACCACUAUCCCAGCCUCGUUGGCUAUGGACGGUCCAAUGAUGUAUCCGAUGCCUACCACUUCUCAUAGCCCUGAAGUUGGCAUGCUGUUCCAGGAGCAAGAUCAGUUCGACCCUAAUCAAUGGUUCGAGGCAGAACCAGCACAUACACAACCACAAUUUACUAGUGCUUUAUGA